AUGGCGAACGAUAAUGUCGAGGAGAUCUCCAUCGAGGAGACGAAUGCUCUUCGACUCAAACUCGGCCUUAAACCACUCCGAACGGCUGCUCCACCGCCACCACCAGAACCGACACCAAAAUCCACUGCUAAAAAGGAUUCAGGCGAUGGAGAAAGCAUUUCCAUCGAGGAAACAAAUCAGUUGCGGAUUGCUAUGGGGUUGAAGCCUUUGAAGGUUGAUAGUACAACUUCAAAGGUGGAUGAAGACGAUAAUAGCUUUGACGCACAGGAGCGACGUGCUGCCGAGAAUUGGAAGAAACAUCAAGCUGAAGAGGAAAGGAAAAAGAGACGGUUAGAGAUUAAAGAGCAGCUGAGAAAAGGACAGGAGAAAGCUGAGAGGGAGAGGACAUUGGAGGGAAAGGGUUUAGCAGAUGAUAGCGGCGACGAUGAUGCAAAAGCCUGGAUUAAGGGUGCGAAGAAGAGACAAAAGAAGGCUCUGGCACAGAUUGAAAAGGAUUUGAGAGAAAGAGAAGAGGAAGAAGCAAGAUUGAGGAAAGAUUAUACAUCAAAGGAUCUGGCGGGGUUGAAAGUCGGACACGAUCUUGGUGAGCUGGGAGAGGACGUAGACGGAACUAUCCUCACACUAAAGGAUUCAGAGAUUUUGGGUGGAGAUGAAGAAGGCGACGAACUCGAGAACGCUGGACUGGUCGAAAGUGCGAAGUUAAAAGAACGUCUAGAUCUGAAAAAGCGUAAACCGGACUACAACCCUUACGGUGACGAUGAAGAUGCCGACGGAGAAAUCCUUUCCAAAUACGACGACGAAAUCGACCCCAAGAAGAAGCGGAAGUUCUUCGUUCUCGAUGAUAAAGGCUCCACAGCGGCUGCACCCCCCAAAUCUCUCCAGCGUCAGCAAGCUAUAUCCGAAAAGUUGAAGAAAAUCCCAAUCAGUCUAGACAUCCUAAAACCCGCGGGAGAAGAUCAGUCGGACUAUAUUGAUCCGUCCACAAUCAAGGUAAAGAAGCCAAAGAAGAAGAAAGCCCGUACUCAAAGACGUGUUGCUGAAGAGGAUGAUGAUAUAUUCCUACCUGAAGAUGUCGCUAUCAAUGGAAGUUCCAAUGCUGCUGGUGCAAUGGACAUAGAUUCUACCACGGAAACUAAGCCCAAGAAAGUUUUCGAACAAUCCUUUGUCGAUGACGAGGAUCUAUCGGCCGCAUUGGCCAUUCAGCGACGUGCAGCACUAAAGAAGCAAAAGGCUUUGAAGCCCGAGGAAUUGGCAAAGAAGCUAAGGGAAGAAGCUGCAGAGGAAAUGAGGGUCGAUGAGGAAGAGGCACCUGGGCUGGUUAUUGACGAAACUACAGAAUUUGUUGGAAGCCUCCAGUUGCCUGUUCAUACGGAUCGUCGACCGCGCGCCACAUCGGUCAAGGCUGAAUCUAAGUCAGAGCCUAGUACGCCUGGCGCCGAUGAUGAUGGAGACGUUGCUAUGGGUAGUACAGAUUUCGGCAGAAGUGUAUCGCCUCAAGUGGAAGCUAAGAAGGAAGCGCCUACCGAAAUUACAUCCACUGGAUUGGAAGAAGAGACAACAAUCGGAGUGGGCGUUGGCGCUAUGCUGGCUAUGUUGCGGCAGAGGCAGUUAGUUGAUGCUGCUAUGGAUCCGGAGACCCACCGGAAAAUGCAAGAGAAAGAAGCUUUUUUGGCUAAACAGCGUGUCGCGAAAUCUGAGGCUGAAUUAAAAGCCAAGGCCGCGAGAGAACGGGAUCGUAAGAGCGGAAAGUUCGAUAAGAUGUCAGCCCGUGAAAAGGAGGAGUAUGCUCGUUAUGAGAACAAGCUCAGAGAUACACAUGAAGCUAGAGAAGCAGCGGCCCGGUUCAAGGACUAUAAGCCGGAUGUUAAGAUUGAACACAAGGAUGAAUACGGUCGAACUAUGAACCAGAAAGAGGCGUUCAAGUAUCUGUCUCAUCAAUUCCACGGAAAAGGUUCUGGUAAGCAGAAGACAGAGAAGAAGCUGAAGAAGAUUGAGGACGACAAGAAGAGAAUGGCGGCCAGCAGUUUGAACCCGGAGGGGUUGGUCGGCACGAUUGCUGAUACGGCGAAGAAAUCGAGGACGGCAGGUGUUAGACUCAUGUAA